GUGGGUGAGAAACAUGGCUGCAAAGACAGUGUUGAUCGUGUAUGCGCACCAGAGUGCUGGAUCUUUCAAUGCAGCCAUUAAAGAUGCUGCUGUAGAUGUGCUGAAGAAACAGGGCUGCAAUGUUCUUGUGUCUGACCUGUAUGAAAUCUUCUUAGCGACCAUUGGAUUUCCAAUGUACUGGUUCUCGGUUCCUGCCAUCAUGAAAGGCUGGAUGGAUCGGGUUCUUACCCUUGGUUUUGCGUACACCUCGGAAAAGCGCUACAGUGCAGGCAUCUUCAGGGAAAAGAAAGCCAUGUUGUCAUUCACCACUGGUUCCCAUGAGACCAUGUUCAGCUCCAAUGGGAUCAAUGGAGAUAUGAAUGUUACUCUGUGGCCAGUUCAGAAUGGUGUCCUCAAUUACUGUGGCUUCCGGGUCCUCGCACCACAGGUCUUCUGGGCACCCACACAUCUCUCUGCUGAGGCUCGUGACAGCCUGUUGAAAGAAUGGCGUACUCGUCUUCAAGGUCUUUUAAGCGAAGUGCCUCUCUCCUUCCCACCCGUAGACAGUUUUGAUAAGGUGAAAGGCUUUCAGCUGAAGCCUGAAGUUCAUGAAAAGCAGGCUGAUUCCCCCUUCGGUCUCACUGUGGGUCACCACCUGGAGAAACCUCUGCCACCGCACAGUCAGAUGAAAGCUGGGGUAUGAGAUAUGAGCAACUGUCCCCAUGUGGCAUGUUCCUGUUUAACUGUCAUGAAGGUUA